CAGAUAGCAAAUGUAUUGCUCUGUAUUAAUUAUGUUGCUUUUGGUAUUCUUGGCCUUGUUUGUAAUAUGGGCUUGUGGGAUUUACUGGUAUUUGUUUGGCAAGACAAGACCUUUCUCUCUGGAGUCAGUGAGGUCUCCAGGGCCCCUGGAGGUUGACAAGAAGAAGAGAGAUAAAGUGCUAAAACAAGGUUUCAGUGUCAACAAAGUGCCCCAGAACCUGGAUGCAAUAGUCAUUGGUAGUGGCAUUGGGGGUCUGACCGUGGCUGCCACCAUGGCCAAAGUGGGCAAGAAGGUCUUGGUCCUGGAGCAGCAUGACCAGUCAGGAGGCUGCUGUCACACCUACGUAGACAAGGGAUUUGAAUUUGACGUUGGUCUCCACUACAUUGGCCAACUCCAUGAAAACAGUCUGCUGCGUAUCGCCUUUGAUCAGAUCACCGAGGGCCAGCUGGAGUUCGUGAAGCUGAACCAGCACUUCGACAACCUCCACAUCGGCGAGGGACGUGAGAAGCGAUUGUACACCGUCUUGUCCGGCAAGACAGAGAUGGAGGCUCACCUGAAGAAGCAGUUCCCAGACGACAUCCCUGCCAUCGAAACCUUUUUCAAAAUCAUGAAGGUGUCAGCCAAGCACACGUACUACCUGGCCAUUCUGAAGCUGAUCCCCCUGUGGCUGGCUCUGUUCUUGCUGAAGUCCGGCAUCGCCAACCUCUUCUCCUCCAUCUUUGCCCUGUCUGGUACUCGAGCUACGGACCUGGUUAACACCUUAACAACCAACAAAGACCUUCACAUCAUCUUUGGCUACCUAUUCUAUGGUGUGCCUCCAAAGGACUCCAGUAUUAUAAUCAAUGCCCUGCUGCUACACCACUAUAAGAGAGGAGCGUACUACCCUAAAGGCGGAGCCAGUGAGAUCCCCUACCAUAUAACCCCUGUCAUCCAGAAGUCUGGAGGCAAUGUCCUGGUCAGAGCACCUGUCACUCAAAUAUUAGUCAACAAUGGCGGGGCUGCAUAUGGCGUGAAGGUCAGGAAGGGACAGGAGGAGGUAGAAAUACAUGCUCCAGUGGUCAUCUCUGACUGUGGUGUGUUUACCACCUUCCAGAAGCUACUGCCCCCAGAGAUCCGGACUAAGCCAGAUAUCCAGGAACGCAUAAACCUGUUGAAACACGGCAGAGGGUCAUUUUUGGUCUUCUCUGGCUUUGAUGCAACCCAAGAGGAGUUGGAUAUUGUCUCCACCAACACGUGGCUGUUUAAAAAUAACGACAUGGACGGCUCGAUGGAAGAAUUCUUUGCCUUGAGUAAAGAGGAUGCACCUGAUAACAUCCCAAUGAUGUUUAUCACCUUCCCCUCCGCCAAAGAUCCUACAUACAAGAUAAGACACCCGGGGAAGUCCUGCAUGACAAUAUUGGCCAUGGUGAAGUAUGAGUGGUUUGAAGACUGGACGGAUACCUCAGUAAGAAAAAGGGGGGAUGACUACAUGAACUACAAGAUGAGAUUUGCAAACAAUCUCUUUGACUGGGCGUGCACUCUAUUCCCAAAGCUGAGGGAAAAGUUGGUGUUCCAGGAGGUUGCGACUCCUCUAACCAACAUGCACUACCUGGGAGCCCAGCGUGGGGCCAUGUACUCUGCUGAGCACAACGUGGAUCGCUUCAGUGCCGAGACCAUGGCAAGGAACCGCUGCUCCACCCCGGUCAAAAAUCUCUUCAUCACAGGUCAGGAUGUUUUCAGCUGUGGCAUAGCAGGGGCGUUGCAUGGGGGUUUACUGUGUGCCGCUGCGGUCCUGGACCAAAUUAUCCACAUCGACCUUCUGUUGCUCAAGAAGAAGCUGAAGAAGCAGAGAGCCAGAGAGAUGGCCAGACUGGCUAAGAAGUUUGAGUGAGGAGAGACACUGCUUUUCACUGCUCUCUACUUUCCACACAAGGCUUACUCUGAAACCAAGAGGACAUAGAUUUUCAGCAAACAUUUUCUUUUUAGUUGUAAAUGCAUUUUUUAUUGAGUGUAAAUAACGAAUAUCCAAAUAAGACAAAACAUUUAAACAAGUAAAAAUAUGAGGAAUUUUUCAUUGUAAUACUGGAAACAUGGGUUUAGUAGUAUGUGGAUGUUGUACUAUAGUAUACUGCAUGAAACACAUUGCAAGUUUGAGGAUACUGUACUAUUUAGCUUAGCGUAGGGAAAAUAAAAAGCACAACGCACUUAACAUGGACUAGAAGCUUACAACUAGUGGUGGCUCCUUAUUUGCUAUUAGUCAUUAAAAUGUACUUCAACAGACAUCCACUAUUAGCUGGGGUUCCAAGACUUUCACCAUUUCCUGCUAUUUCCACUGUCUGAAAUGCGUUUUGAUUAGGAAGAUGAUUGCUGUGUAAUGCUAGUAGACACAGCUGGAAAUCCUAAGUAAAUAUGAGUUUCUUGCGCCUGCUAACAUUAGCAGAUGCUGCUAGUCAUGAGUUUCUUGCGCCAGCUAACAUUAGCAGAUGCCUCUAGUCUUGGAAGAGGAUAUCUUAUGUUAAUAUGAACUAGCCAGUUAAGCCGAUAGCAGCUAGCUGUGAUUACACAUUAGUGACAACCACUUGUGACAAGUUAUUGCUAGUUAGUUCCAUAAUCCCCAGGUUUUUUAAAGGAUAACCGAGAAGAAUUGAAAAAAAAUGCAACUGAUGGUCAAAUAACAAACGUUGGAGUUGAUUCAUGACUGCAAAACUGCA